AUGCAGGAAGUCCCAAUCUUGAUCAUCGGAGCCGGUCCCUCAGGGGCUACAACGGCAUUGCUCUUGGCUCAUAUGGGUAUCAAGUCACUUGCAAUAUCAAGGCAUGCUUCUACUGCCAGCACACCAAGAGCGCAUAUUUUCAACCAGAGAGCCAUGGAAGUGCUACGGGAUGCAGAUCUCGAGGCGAAGUUGAUGCCGGCCAGCAGUGUUGCUCAUUGCAAGUAUAUGCAGCACACUUCGUGGCUGGAUUCGCUCAACGGGGAGGAAUAUGGGCGACUGUGGGCAUGGGGUAACAAACCGAGCCAGAAGGGAGAUUACGAAGCUGCCAGCCCAAGUGUGAUGUCCGAUCUACCGCAAAGCGUUCUGGAACCUGUGUUGGUAGAGGAAGCAACCAAAUUAGGUGCUGAAUUCCGAUUUUCGACUAGCUUUGUAUCCCUCGAAGAGACGAACGAGGGAGUCAUUACAACUCUACGCAAUCGCAAAGACAACAGGGAGUACAAAGUAUUUUCUCAGUGGAUGGUGGGCGCUGAUGGUGCGAGAAGCGCAGUACUGGACAGCUUGGGCAUCAAAGUACUUGGCCGACAAUUGAAUACGGCAUUUAACACUCACAUCAAAGCGGAUCUGACCAAAUUCAUAUCCCACCGGCCGGGGAGUUUGAAUUGGGUCUUGAAUACAGAAGCUCCAGAAUGGUCAGCUGUGGGCAAUUUUCGCAUGGUCAGGCCCUGGACUGAGUUUGUUGUGUCUAUGCAUCCAUCGACAAAAGUUUCUCCAACGUUUCAACCAAGUGAAGAGGACAUAAUCAAGCGACUGCACCAGAUGAUUGGCGAUGAUACAGUCAAAAUUGACGUUCUCUCGAUAUUCUCUUGGACAAUCAACGAUCAGGUAGCUGAGCGAUGGCAGAAGGGUCGAGUUCUCUGUAUUGGAGAUGCUACGCAUCGUCACCCACCGAUCAACGGGCUCGGCAGCAAUACAUGUAUAUCUGACGCGUUCAACCUUGCCUGGAAACUGGCCUAUGUUUUGAAAGGCUGGGCUUCAACCUCUCUACUAGAAACGUUGACAAUAGAACGCAAACCAGUCGGCGAUGGAAUCGUCCGGCGAGCCAAUAGUGGGAUGGAGGCUCACAGGAGACUUUGGGAUCUGCUCGGGCUAGACCCAGAAGCACGCAAGAAGGCGACUGAUCUCAUGCAUUCGAGCACAGCAGCUGGGGCAGAGAUGCGCGAGAAGGUGCGGAACGCACUGGAAGCAACUGAGGAUGAAGUACAGGCGCUGGGCAUUCAAAUGAACCAACGAUACCUAUCUUCGCCGGCCACUGUGGUAGAGCCUGACGAUACACCCCCGGAUCUCAGCAGUUUGAACCCUAUCAGGCAAGUCUGGAUCAGCACUUUUCCUGGCUACCAUCUCCCUCACGUAUGGCUAGCACCAAACAGUCGGUCGGAGAGAAUUUCCACACUGGAUCUAAGUGGUCACGGAGGUUUCACACUUUUCACAGGAAUUGGCGGGGAACCUUGGGUGCAGGCCGCACAAAUCAUAUUUGCUUCGAAGAAAGUCCCUGUCAGAGAUUACACUAUAGGUUUCAGGUGUGACUAUAUAGACUGCUAUCAAGACUAG